AUGGCGGACCAAGAGGAGACUUUUGGCCUCCAAAACUCUCCUGGUGGCUCGGAUUCAAGGGAAGUACAGAGCGAUAAUAAAUCAGAGAAACAGAACGGGACCUCAAGCAAAUCCCCGUCGUCGCAGACUACUUACAUCCAGCAGGGAAUGGAGGGAAUAAAAGUCUACCUACACGAGAGGGAACUGUGGAUGAAGUUUCACGAGGUGGGGACGGAGAUGAUCAUCACCAAAGCCGGAAGGCGAAUGUUCCCCAGCUUCAAAGUGAAGGUCACGGGACUAAACCCCAAAACUAAAUAUAUUCUCCUGAUGGAUGUUGUUCCUGCGGACGACCAUCGAUACAAAUUCGCCGACAAUAAAUGGUCCGUGACUGGGAAGGCAGAGCCUGCCAUGCCGGGGAGGCUCUACGUUCACCCGGACUCUCCCGCCACUGGGGCGCACUGGAUGAGGCAGCUCGUCUCCUUCCAGAAGCUGAAACUGACCAACAACCACCUGGACCCGUUCGGACAC